GGCGAGCCGCGGCCUGGACGCGCUGCGGGGAGGGGCGGAGCGAGCCGGCGGGAGCUCCCGCUGGUCCCGCCGCUGCCGCUGCCGCCGCCGCCGGGAAAUGAUUUGGGCGGCAGCGGGCGGCCCCGGCUAGCGGCCACGAGCCACUUCUGCGGCUGCCCAGAGGAGCGAAGGUCGUCGGUCCCGCGUCGUCCCCCUCUCCGCCCCCCAGGAGGGGCGAGAGGGAGCCGCAGCUGAUGUCAGAAGUGUACUUAGAGCAACCACCGAGAUGAGCUGAGACCAGACCCUUGCAGCACUGGGGUCCAGUCUUAAGGCCUGGAGGGAAGUGCACACAGCCCAGCAGCUGCUGAGAUAAGCCGAGACCAGACCAUUGCGACACCAGGGCUCUGUCCCAGCCCCAGAGGGACGUGCACACAGCCCAGCAGCCACCAAGGUGAACUGAGACCAGACUCUUGAGGCACCAGGGUCUAGUCUAAGGCCCAGAAGGAAGUGCACAUAGCCCAGCAGCUGCCGAGAAAUACCCUUCCGGGAAAUGGCCUCUAAGUCUUGGCUGAAUUUUUUAAUCUUCCUCUGUGGAUCAGCAAUAGGAUUUUUUUUAUGUUCUCAGCUAUUUAGUAUUUUGUUGGGAGAACAGGGUGACACGCAGCCCAAUAUUCUUCAUAAUGAUCCUCAUGCUAGGCAUUCUGAUGAUGAUGGACAGAAUCAUCUAGAAGGACAAAUGAACUUCAAUGCAGAUUCUAGCCAACAUAAAGACGAGAACACAAACAUCGCUGAGAACCUCUAUCAGAAAGUUAGAAUUCUAUGCUGGGUUAUGACAGGCCCUCAAAAUCUAGAGAAAAAGGCCAAACACGUCAAAGCUACAUGGGCCCAGCGUUGUAAUAAAGUGUUGUUCAUGAGUUCAGAAGAAAAUAAAGACUUCCCUACUGUGGGAUUAAAAACCAAAGAAGGCAGAGAUCAACUAUAUUGGAAGACAAUUAAAGCUUUCCAGUAUGUUCAUGACCAUUAUUUAGAAGAUGCUGAUUGGUUUAUGAAAGCAGAUGAUGACACAUAUGUCAUAUUAGACAAUUUAAGAUGGCUUCUUUCAAAAUAUAACCCUGAAGAACCCAUUUACUUUGGGAGAAGAUUCAAGCCCUAUGUAAAGCAGGGCUACAUGAGUGGAGGAGCAGGAUAUGUACUAAGCAAAGAAGCCUUGAGGAGAUUUGUUGAUGCAUUUAAAACAGAAAAAUGUACACACAGUUCUUCCAUCGAAGACUUAGCACUGGGGAGAUGCAUGGAAAUCAUAAAUGUAGAAGCAGGAGAUUCCAGAGAUACCACUGGAAAAGAAACUUUUCAUCCCUUUGUACCAGAACACCAUUUAAUCAAAGGUUAUCUACCCAGAACCUUUUGGUACUGGAAUUAUAAUUAUUAUCCUCCUGUAGAGGGUCCUGGUUGCUGUUCUGAUCUUGCAGUUUCUUUUCACUAUGUUGAUUCUACAACUAUGUAUGAGUUAGAAUACCUCGUUUAUCAUCUUCGUCCAUAUGGUUAUUUGUACAGAUAUCAACCUGCCUUACCUGAGAAUAUACUAAAGGAAAUAAGUCAAGCAAACAAAAAUGAAGAUCCAAAAGUAAAAUUAGGAAACCCCUGAAAGGAAAACAUGAAUGAACAGAGGUAAAAUGUCUAGCAUUGCACUGAACAAGGACUUCUGCAUUUCUGACAUAGAACACUGGAAUCCCAGUGAGGAAUUCUUUCUAAGUGAACAUUCCAUAUAGAAAUCUUUCAUAUGAAUGACUGUAAAGUGAAGCUUUAAAUGAGCUGUGAAGUCUGCUUAAAUGUUUCUUUGAUACAUUAAUUUAUAAAUAUAUAAUAUGAAGAACUUGUGUUUUUAAAAUGGUGACCAGGUAGAGGAACUAGAAAUUUUGUUGCCUGUUCCUGACCGUGUGUAUUAUUGUCACUGAGAAACAGUUAAAUUUGCUAAAACUACACUGCACCAUGUUAAUAACACACACAUGAUGCUAAACAGAUCUGCCUUAAAGAAAAUUUUUAAAGGAAAUGUUGUUGCUCAGUGUUGUUUAUAAACUCAAGAAAUGAGUUUAUAUUUGCAGUCUGAUAUAAAUGAACACACAGUUUUUGUCUAAUGAAAAUUUUGCUGUGAUUAUUUAUAAUUGGCAGUAUUUCUUCCAGAAGAAGGUGAAAUAAAAAUGGCACUUUUCCUAAAGUGCAUUAAUAAAACCACAUUUUGAAAUUA